AUGUCUUACAACCUGGUUCAGAACCGCCCAACCAGCAUUGAGUGGGAUGGCUGUGAUCCACAGAAACUCUACACUUUGGUUCUUACUGACCCGGAUGCUCCUAGCAGGAAGGAUCCAAAGUUCAGGGAAUGGCAUCACUUUCUGGUUGUCAACAUGAAAGGAAAUGACAUCAGCAGUGGGAGUGUCCUUUCUGAUUAUGUUGGAUCUGGGCCACCCAAAGGGACAGGACUUCACCGGUAUGUGUGGCUGGUCUACGAGCAACCCCACGCAUUGAACUGCAAUGAACCCAUCCUCACAAAUCGAUCUGGUGACAAACGUGGGAAGUUCCAAGUGGCGUCUUUCCGUAAAAAGUACAAGUUGGGAACCCCAGCUGCUGGCACGUGCUAUCAGGCGGAGUGGGAUAGCUAUGUGCCAAAACUCUAUGAGCAGCUGUCGGGGAAGUAGGGGGAGGGCAACCCUAAAGCCUCUCACCCUUGUUCCUGCACCCCCAAAUCCCAUCACCUAGAAGAAAACUAGCUUUGAGUGAGAUGUACCCAUAGUCUGAGAGUUUGACAGAACUCAUAGUGUUGGAGUAGAGCAAAUUUAGUCACUGUCUCUCCUGCUCAUGGGGCCAACUUUCUUUUCCCCCAGCUCUAUGCUGACUCUACAAACAAUUAUUGGGUGGUACAAGAGCCCCUUAUCUGAUGUACUGUCGUGACCUGAACCUGCUUCAGUAUUAAUGUACCUCUUGCAUGGGGCAGAGGGGGGUGUACUUCAGUUGUUAGCAAGUAGUCCCUACACAGGCAGGAAUAAAGGGAAAAUGUACCAUUUAUUGGGUUAAUUUCUGCAGAAAUCACUGCUGCCUAGAGAACUACAGUAAUACAGUCCAGAAAUAUGCAAAGAUGAAUGCUUAGAGUUGAUGAUACUUCCUGGCCCAUCUUGAAAAGCCUGUGUCUUUGAAACUCCUUGGUUUGGGGAGAGCGAAUAUGACUUCUGUUUCUCUUCCUUCAUAGUAAAAAUGAGGUUUUUUGGUAAGAUCUAAUCUGUUCUUGCAUGUUCCUACCUCUAUGUGCAAUCUUAGGUCAAACUUCACAGCUAGUGUGGAAGCAGAUGCGAUUUACAGUAGCAAACAUUCUAAACACAUGUAACCCUGCCUUUAUGCAGCCAUAUGAAGUAGCAGGGGGAAAAACAGAUUCACUAAACACUGUUGCGAGCAGAUUGCUAUGGUACAGAGGGAUCCCAUCACAUCUAACCAAGGAGAGCUACUUUCCAAACAGAAUUUCAGAUGUUGCUGGAGGUGUCAGCAGGUCAGAGAUGCUCUAGGGAGCUGCUGUGUUCCACACCUGUAUCAGUCUGACCUGGAAACCUGCUGGAUCCUUUAAUUUAACUAUAUAGGGGGGAAAAUUUGACCCUGGUAGCUUUUGUUGAACAAAGGAAAUUUAAUGGCGGGGCUAAUGUUGAACAUUUCUGUUUGUGCAAGUUGUGCACUACUUGCUGUUUGCUUAUAGUUCAAUUAAAAAGGACAGACUCAAUGGA